GUGGUUUGCAGAUUCGUAUUUAUCAGUAUACACUGUUAACUUUGGAUAAAAUAACAUUUUUUACUAUUGAAAUGCUCAAUCAGAAUGAGAUCGAGGGACAACUUUAUUUAUACAUUCAUGUGCUUGAUGAUUGUAAAUAAAUACAUCAUAGCAACUGAUGAUAUCAAUAAUGUGGUAAACUCAAACAAAAAAAUCAUCAUUAUUGGAGCAGGGGCAGCAGGUAUUGCGGCAGCAUCGAAACUAUUUGAAAAUGGAUUCAAAAACGUGACAAUUUUAGAAGCUGAAAAUAGAAUCGGUGGCCGUCUUUAUACUACAAAAUUAGGAAAUUAUUCUGUGGACCUUGGAGGACAAUGGGUACAUGGACAAAAAAACAAUGUUGCCUUCAAUUUAGCUAACCCACUAGGUCUACUUGAUCCACGAAACAAUAUAAAUAUACAAGAAAAAUUUUUCAAUUCAUCAGACAAUCUUAUAAGUAGUAGCAUUGAAAACUAUUUGAAAAAUUUCUUUGACAAAUACUUCACAGAAACAAAUACAAUUGAUGUUCCUAGUACAACUGCAAAAUCAUACGGUGACUUUAUAAAACAAACCUAUGACAAAGAAUUUCAGAACAUCACUGAAAUGAUGGAUCACAAGGCAGAAAUUUUGAGUUAUUUAGAAAUUUCGAAACUCAAUUAUGAAUCCGCUGAUUCUUGGAAUGAUGUGUCAAUUCAUGACGACAGGUACAUUAUUCGAAAAGGUCAUCAAGAUAUAGCUUGGAUAUCUACGGGGUAUGGAAAGAUUUUGGAUAUAUUGAUGAAACGUUAUCCAGAUCCUGAUAAAGAACUUCCUGUUGCAAACAAUACAAUCUUAAACGCUGAAGUAACAUUAAUUGACUAUGCAAAUACCGAAAAUGGACAUCCUAUUCUAGUAACUAUUAAAGAUGGUCGAACGUUCGAAGCUGACCACAUCAUUGUAACGGUUUCACUUGGAGUUUUAAAAGCACAAUAUAAAUCACUUUUUACACCACCUUUACCACCUGAAAAAAUUCAAACUAUUGAGACGCUUGGUUUUGGUACUGCUGGUAAAGUAUUUUUAUUAUUUCAAGAAUCAUUUUUGGGAAAUGAAAACUAUAACAAUACACAUUUUGAAUUCAUAUGGAAUAAUGCAGAUAGAAAAAUCAUACAAAAUGACCCAGAGAGAAUGUGGUUACUGGGAGUAACUGGAGUUUGGCAAGUAGAACACAAACCAAAAUUAUUUGAGUUCUAUAUACCUAGUAAAUGGUCUAAAGUGAUGGAAACUAUACCUGAAAACAGAGUUUACAAUCAAACAAUUAAGCUUCUUGAACAGUUUAUGGGAAAACAAUACAAAAUUCCAAAACCUAUUGCAAUAAUAAGAACACAAUGGUAUACUAAUCCACACUUUAGAGGAACAUACAGUUAUCAUAGUGUACAAUCAGAUGAUCAACACACUUAUCCAGAAGCACUUCAGAAACCGAUCACCUCUGAAAAUCCUAAAGUCUUAUUUGCUGGAGAAGCAACAUCUGCACAUAGAUUUUCAACUGCUGAUGGAGCAAUCGAAUCAGGUUGGACAGCAGCUGAAAUACUUAUUAAGCUGUAUAAUACUCAGUUGGUCAAAUCAUAGAAGCUUUUCAUUAAGAAUUGAUUUAAUUUAAUUUUAUGUCGAAUAAAUAAAAAAUAUAUUUAUAAAAAUAUAUUUAUAUUAUAUAUAAAUAUAUUUAUAAAAGAACGUUAUGAAACUUCAACUAAACGAUUUCUCUAUCUUUUUUAUACAAUAUCGGUCAUGAAUUUCCGAAAAUUUUAUGGAAUAUCUCCAAUUCUAUUGAUCAUAGAAUACAAAUAAAAACGGCAAAUGUAAGAAGAGGAGAAAUACUAACUUUUUAUGGGGCGCGAAAAUUUCUAAAGUCAUUUUUUAUAUUUUUUAUACCACUUUAAAAAGUGUCAAUUUUUCAAAGUUUUUUUAAUUUCUAUAAUUACUUGCAUUUUUUUAAAUAUCAAUGAUAUGUAAAAAGUUCUCAAAAAGAUCGAAGGAUCUUGAAAAAAUCUAAAAUUAAAUGAAAUGCGAACUUACCCAUUUUAAAUGUACAGUCUUACUUGAAUAACUCCUCUGGAACUGCAGAAAUCAGAAAAAUAGUCAUUACAAAAGUUGUAAGGUUUAGAGGGAAGUGUCAUAUGGUGGUGACCUUGGAUUUGUCCUUGGCGUCAAUUUCAAGGUCAUAUGAAGGUCAAUUUUUUACUAUUAAAAAGUGUAUAAUAAAUUUUGUUAAAAGUUUUGAAAUAAAUUUGUAUCACUAAGUUUGAGAUUUGAUCUGUCAACAAUUUUAUUAUUAUUAUAAUUUUUUUUUUUAUUAUAGACGUCGCUUUUUUUUACUAUUUAACAAUUAUUAUUGUUGUU